AGUGGCGAGCGCACUCGGCCGCCGCCGCUCCCCAGCUCCAGCCGCUCCGCCACCCCUCCUCCCGGCCCAGCUCUGGCGUGGAGGCUAACCCACUGUGAGCAACUCCCUUAGAAAAAAGCCGCCGCAUUGGCCGGGGCUGGCCGCAGGACCCCUCCUCCCGGGGCGCCCCCACUCCUCCCCCGCCGCUCCGGGCGCCCGCCUCCCUCCGCCGACUGUCUCCCAGCACGCCGGCCCACAGCCCUUUUGACUGCUAGCGGCGGCUGCCGAGCAGAGGCGGCGACGCGGGACCUGCAGUCGCCCGGGAUUCCCUCCAGGUGACGAUGCUCUGGUUCUCCGGCGUCAGGGCUCUGGCUGAGCGUCCUUGUCGACGCUCGCCUGGGAUUACCUGCUGCGUCUUGCUGCUGCUCAAUUGCUCCGGGAUCCCCACGUCCCUGGCUUCCUCCUUUCUGACAGGGUCGGUUGCAAGAUGUGAAAAUGAAGGGGAAGUCCUCCAGAUCCCAUUUAUCACAGACAACCCUUGCAUAAUGUGUGUGUGCUCGAACAAAGAGGUGACUUGCAAGAGAGAGAAGUGUCCCGUGCUGUCACGGGACUGUGCGCUGGCCAUUAAGCAGAGGGGUGCAUGCUGUGAGCGAUGCAAAGGUUGUACCCAUGAAGGAAGAACCUACAACAGCUCUUCCAAAUGGCAAAGCCCAACUGAGCCAUGCGUCCUGCGCCAGUGCCAGGAGGGCGUUGUCACAGAGUCUGAGGUACGCUGUGUUGUUCAUUGUAAAAACCCCUCAGAGCAUCCAGGAGCCUGCUGCCGUACCUGUCCAGGCUGUGUGUUUGAAGGUGUGCAGUACCGAGAAGGAGAAGACUUCCAGCCAGAAGGAAACAAAUGUAUCAAGUGUUCUUGUGUUGGAGGCAGGACACAGUGCGUGAGAGAAGUCUGUCCCAUUCUCUCUUGUCCCCAGCACCUUAGUCACACACCCCCAGGACAGUGCUGCCCCAAAUGUUUGGGUCAGAGGAAAGUGUUUGACCUUCCUUCUGGGAGCUGUCUAUUUCGCAGUGAUGUUUAUGACAAUGGAUCCUCGUUUACCUAUGAUAACUGCACAGUAUGUACUUGCAAGGACUCUACAAUGGUGUGUAAAAAGAAGUGCUCCCACCCUGGUGUCUGUAACAACGAUGAGGGUGCCUGUUGUGAAGAGUGUCUCCUAAGGGUGCCCCCAGAAGAUGUCAGAGUAUGCAAGUUUGGCAGCAAGAUUUUCAGGGAUGGAGAGAUGUGGUCCUCAGUCAACUGUAGCAUCUGUGCUUGUGUGAAGGGGAAGACAGAGUGUCGUAAGAAGCAGUGCAUUCCUGUCAGCAGCUGCCCACAGGGUAAAAUUCUCAACAGAAAAGGGUGCUGUCCUAUUUGCACUGAAAAGCCCGGUGUGUGCACAGUAUUCGGAGAUCCCCACUACAACACUUUUGAUGGACGGACAUUUAACUUUCAGGGGACCUGUCAGUACGUCUUGACAAAAGACUGCUCCUCCCCUGCCUCACCCUUUCAGGUGCUGGUGAAGAAUGACGCAAGGCGUACCCGCUCCUUCUCCUGGACCAAGUCUGUGGAGCUGGUGCUGGGUGAGAGCACAGUCAGCUUGCAGCAGCACCUCACUGUGCGCUGGAACGGCUCGCGCAUCGCGCUGCCCUGCCAGACGCCCCACUUCCACAUCGACCUGGAUGGCUACCUCUUGAAGGUGACCACCAGAGCAGGUUUGGAGAUAUCCUGGGAUGGAGACAGUUUUGUGGAGGUCAUGGCUGCCCCUCAUCUCAAGGGCAAGCUCUGUGGCCUUUGUGGCAACUACAAUGGACACAAGCGGGAUGACUUGAUUGGCGGAGAUGGGAACUUCAAGUUUGAUGUGGAUGACUUUGCUGAGUCGUGGAGGGUGGAGUCCAAUGAAUUCUGCAACAGACCACAGAGAAAACCAGUGCCUGAGCUAUGUCAAGGCACAGUGAAGGUGAAGCUUCGAGCCCACCGAGAAUGCCAGAAACUCAAGUCCUGGGAGUUCCAGACCUGCCACUCAACGGUGGACUAUACCACUUUCUACCGGUCCUGUGUGACAGACAUGUGCGAAUGUCCAGUCCAUAAAAACUGUUAUUGUGAGUCAUUUCUGGCUUAUACCCGUGCCUGCCAGAGAGAGGGCAUCAAAGUGCACUGGGAGCCUCAGCAGAGCUGUGCAGCUACCCAGUGCAAACAUGGUGCUGUUUAUGAUACCUGUGGCCCUGGAUGUGUAAAGACCUGUGACAACUGGAAUGAGAUUGGCCCAUGCAAUAAGGCAUGUAUUGCAGGCUGCCACUGUCCAGCAAAUCUGGUUCUUCAUAAGGGGAGGUGCAUCAAGCCAGUCCUCUGUCCUCAGCGAUGACCUUUGUUCUAGUCCAUAGACUUUGAAAUCUAGUGUCUCUGACACUUACAUGGAAGAGCCAAUGAAGGACUGUAGUAUUUAUGCGCCUGAUUCUGCAAAUACACAGAGUAUAUAUGUGUGUAUAUAUAUAGAUAUAUUCAAAACAUUUCAUCAUUUAUAUAAACUAUAGGUGGAUUAUUAUAUGUAUAUUUUUUGCUAUAAGACAUGUGUUAUUUCUAGAAUCCUAAUAUCUAAGCCAUUGGAUGCAUCAUAUAAAUACACAGGUGCUUUUAAUUUAAUAAGGUGGCAUGCAGACCUAUCAGGUGUCUUUAAUGUUGCAUACAUGUGUCAUUCCUGGCAAUUUCAUAAGAGCCUUCCUGCCUGCCUGCAUUAAUUUAAGAUUUGUGUCAGGAUCUUUGAGUGGAAUAUUGUUUUGGAGAAGGGCACUUUGCCUAGGGUAUUUCAUAUUUCCAAAGACUGGAAUGUAUGCCAGAGAAAGAUGGCAUUGGACUGGGGGUGGGCCCUGAGGAGUGAAAACCGGAGGGAGGCUCUUGCACUUCACUGGACCAUAGCUGGAUAUUGUUUCCAAAACUGGAUAGUUGCCAAGAAAUGUGUAUUUUUUUUCAUUAGGUUAUUGAAAAAAAUCAAAUUAUUUCUUUUCAUUUUUGCAUACUCCAUGAGUCUCCUCAUUAUUUAUGUGUGUAAUGGAUAUGGCCAUUUGUAUGUCAUGCACUGAAGUCAAAAGGUGUCUGAAUGACAUUUUAUUGAACAUGAGAAGAUAUUUGGAGAAAUCAUUGCACAAC